UAUAUAUAUAUGUACUGGUUUCAGUGAAAACUCCAUCCCUCAGAAACUAACCGAGAAUUCAGAUCUACAAAUUCAUCUUCUGAGGAGUUCUGUAAAAUCAUCAAGAUUCAAAGGUUAAACAUGUAUCGACAUCAUCAAACGAGGAUUUUUCUACAGCAACAAAACGAUUUGCUGAGAAGAGAAAACGAAACUAUGGUUCAUGCAUUGUCCACUCCAUAUACAUCUAGUUGCAUAUCUUGUAGUGGACCCAUCGUUUCAACCGAAGAAACUGAGCUGUGGUUGGAGAAUGCUCUUCUUCGGUCAGAGAUUGAUACACUGACUUGUUUUAUAAGGAAAUUAAAUUCGUUCAUAAACCUAUAUCCUGUGGUUGGUGUAUCUUUGACGAAAUGGCAUUACGCAGUGGUGGCUAUGACGUCACUGUCGCUUAAAGAAGUCGUUUCUCUUGCGAGGCAAGGGAAUCCAAUGUGGACAUGCAACGACAGACUCAAUCUUGACGAGUACUACUCUAAUUUUUUUCCUUGGUAUGCCAGAAACGCACCUGGGUUUGUACAUGAGGCCUCAAGAGCUUAUGCAAUGGUCCCCUUUGAUGCUUCAUUGCUUGUGGAAAAUCUUACGAACCAUGUAAGUUGGCAAAAAAUCUUCCCAUCAAUCAUCGCAGAUGUGUCUUUGGAAUCACAUAACCGAGUCUUUCAAAUGAUUAAUGUGAAUUUUAUGCAACAAAUCUCUCCUUUAAUUCAAACUCGGAAUGUGAAACUUCUUCGGCGUUCAAUGCGUAUAGAAAAUAAUACAUGGGUUAUCGUAGAUAUCUCUAUGUAUUUUAGCUCAUAUGCACGACAUUCACGCCCCGAUUUUAUGAGAUUUCCUUCUGGAUAUCUUGUCGAGCAUAUAACCCACGGUAUCUCCAAGGUAACCGUUCUCGACCAUUGGGUCUAUCAGGAAGAAGAAGUCGUAAACAAUUUCAGUUCAAAUUCAAGAUUUGGUGCACAUAGAUGGCUUGCCGCUCUUCAAAGGCAUUGCUACAACACUUGGUCUAUUUCGAUUUCUUCAAUCGGUCACCAAAUUCAAAUAUGUGGCCCAAUCUGUCAUACCAAUUUGCUUAACCUAUCUACAUGGAUGGUUUCCAUAUUUUGUACCGGAGUUUGCGGGACAACAAGACAAAAGUGGAAGCCCCUCAGUACAAUUGGAUUUUCGGUUAAUAACAUAAGAAUGUUCACCAGGGAAAGUCGAGACAUGAAUCGGAUCCCUUGGGGGUUUGUUAGCGCUACUGGUAUGGCUAGAAUGCAAGUUACCCAAGAAAUCCUUUUUAGAUUGAUUAACCGUGCGAAAAAACAAUAUAUAUGGGAACAUCUAGCAUCUGUUACAGAUAUGAAAGAAUUAAUUUGUAUCAAAAGAUGUCCUAAUCCAGGGAAUGAAGUUUCUGUUUUCUGCAUUGAGUGCAAUGGUCCUAAAGAAUGGUAUUUGAUUCAAGAAACAUACUAUGAGGCCUCAGGAGCAAUGAUCAUCUACGCUUGCAUAGAAGCACCAUGUUUUACAGCUAUAAUAAACGGUGAAGAUUUUUCCGGCGUCGAAAUUUUGCCGUUCGGAUUCACGAUAAUACCAAAUGGAUUACGAGAAAGUUUCUUGUCGGCUGCAUGUCAGGUAAAGAUCAAUCAAACCAUUCUCACAGAUACAGAUAAGGUGAUGGAGUUUAUGAGGAAUACGAUUGGUGAUACUCUAGAAAAUGUCCAAAAUAUCCGUUACGUCGACCCCUAAAAGCUUCAUAGGCUUCUAACGUUCCUUGUUGUUGUUGUUGUUGUUGUUUUAUUUGAACUUUGUUUCUAUGAACCGUAUUUUACCUAGCUUUUAAAAGAUAACAAAUAAAUGGUGACCAUUUCGAUUA